AUGACCUGCAGAGUGAUCCACCGUGGACAGCUUACCAACAGCUUCCAGGUGAAGACUGGAGUCCGACAAGGAUGCUUGUUAUCCCAGCUCCUCUUCCUCAACGCCAUCGACUGGAUCAUGAAGACAUCCACUAGCGAACGCAGAAAUGUAAUCCAGUGGACCUUGUGGAGUCAACUGGAUGACUUGGACUUUGCCAACGACCUUGCACUUCUUUCCCACAGCCAGCAGCAGAUGCAAGAGAAGAUCAGUGUGUUGGCAGCUACAUCAGCACAGGUUGGACUCAUCAUCCACAAGGAGAAGACCAAGAUCCUUAAGAGCAACGUCAACCCAAUCACCCUGAAUGGAAGUCCCCUGGAGGAAGAACAGAUAUUCACCUACCUGGGCAGCAUAAUCGACCAGCAAGGUGGAGCAGAUGCAGAUGUCAAGGCAAGGAUCGACAAAGCAAGAAUCGCCUUCAUCCAGCUCAAGAACAUCUGGGCUUCCAGAGAGCUAACCUUGACCAUCAAGAUCCGCAUGUUCAACUCCAAUGUGAAGUCAGUUUCGCUGUACAGGGCUGAAACCUGGAGGACAACCAAAACCACCAACAGAAGAAUCCAGACCUUCAUCAACAGCUGUCUCAGAAGGAUUCUCCACAUUUGCUGGCCAGACACAAUUAGUAACACCAACAUAUGUGAAAGGACCUGCCAACUUUCAGAAGAGGCAGAAAUCUGGAAGAGAAGUUGGGGCUGGAUAGGGCAUAUCAUAUGCAAACCGCCAACCAACAUCAUCAGGCAGGCUCUCAGGUGGAACACCCAAGGAAAGAUGAAGAGAGGCCGUCCAAGAAACACCUGA